AUGAUAACAACCUUGGAAGCAAGGAAUAAACUUGUUUUCAUAGAUGGCACACUUCCUAUUCCUAGCCCACAAGAUCCUAAUCUUCCACUUUGGAAGCAAGGCAACAGCCUCAUCAAAAAUUGGAUUACCAACUGUUUAUCUGCACAAAUUUUAGCUAGUAUCACUAGCUUUAAAUCUGCAAGGGAUCUUUGGCUUGAUCUGAAAAAUAUGUUUUCAGUUACCAACAAGACUCGUGUAUUUGAGAUAUACAGAGCUUUAGCUAAUAUCAAACAAGCUACUUUAUCAGUCACUGACUACUAUGUCAAACUCAAAAGCUAUUGGGAUGAACUUCAACAACAUCAAGCUUUACCACAAUACAAAUGUGGACAGUGUGUAUGCAACACUCACAAACCUGUAAUGCUACAGAGAGAGACAGAAAAAGUCAUGCAAUUUCUCAUGGGUUUAAAUGACUCUUAUCACCAUGUAAGUAGUCAAAUACUCCUUAUGUCUCCUUUCCCUGAUGUGAAUGUAGUGUUCAAUUUGAUUAGGCAGGAAGAGAAUACACAGCAGAUGUAUUCAUCAGAGACAGUGACAGACACUCCAGUUGCUAUGGCUUUCACCAAGCCAAAUAAUUUCUCUUCCAACAAAAAUUUCAGACACAACAACACAGACGGACCAAAAAGAGAUUCUGAUAAUAUAUCCAAGAGUUCUUCAUCAAACAGAGAAGGCAUGUAUUGUAAACAUUGCAAAAAGGACAACCACAAUACAGAAAAGUGCUUCAGACUGUUUGGUUUUCCUUCAAGGAAGAAACCAAAUAAUAGUGGUAGAUCCUACUAA